UGUUAGUUCUGGGAAAAGCCAAAUAAUACACUGGAGAGAAGGACAUAGAUAUGAAGUCUUCAACCACCAUGAAAAGGGUGGUUAUUGGCAGCCGGCAGCGACUAAUUAUGAGUCCAGGAUCAAUGAUAAAGAACCUUCAAUUCCUGGUGCAGCCAUCGACGAAUCCUUUGAUUCUGCUUCAGCUGAUGCAGAAGAAGAAAACACCAACCCAAAUCCUUUGAUUGAAGUUAUGAGGAUGCCACUAAGAAAGCCCUUGAGCAGAGUGAGGAAAGAGUGGGGCACCUUGAGGAAGAGCUAACUAAGUCCAAGGAAGAUAUUUCACUGCUAAAAUUAGAGUGCAGCAAUUGGUCAGCAAGAACUAGUUUUGUUAGCAGAAGACUUGGCAGAUUGAUGAGAGAAUCUGAUGAAAACCAGAUUGCAGAACAAGCAAGGAUUGCAGAGAGGAGCAUAGAAGAUCAACAUCUCCGAAUGCUGGAGAGUGAAUGUGCAAGGGCGAGGAGAAUGCUCUUAGAAGAGCAGGAACAAGUAAGAAGGCUCAAACUGGAAGCAGAGGAGAUCACAAGAAAUUCCAUGAUAAAAACUGAAGAAGUUAGAGUUGCAGAGAGGAGAAAACAAGAAAAAUACAUGCAAAUGUUGGAGAACGCAAAGGAAGCAAGGGUUGCUGAAGGGAUAAAACAUGAAGAAAAUAUUCAGCUACUAAAGACUGAAUGCGUUCAACUAAGGAGAGAACUGGAGCAAGAGCGAAAGCAAAGGCUUCAACUAGAGCAAGAUGGCGAGGUACAGAUAGCUAAGAGAAAAGCUGAAAAGCUAAGUCAAGAGUUAGCCAAUGCCCGCAAGAAUCUUGAGUGUGCUGAGGAUGGAUGGAUGAAGACAUUGAGAGAGUUGGAAGAAGAGCGAGAGCUUGUGAGAAUGAUAAAGACGGAAUGUGAAGAGAUUAGACAAAGUUUCAUGAGACAAAUGGAAAAUAAGGAACAAGAGUUAGCCAACGCCCUUAAUACUGCUGCAGUUGCUGAGGCAAAACUCUCCGAUCUUGAGAGGGAAAUCAACUCAUUAGAUGAUAAGGCUUGUGCAAUUUGUCUGACCAAUGACAAGGACGUGGCUUUUGGAUGUGGGCACAUGACUUGUGGGGACUGUAUGCUGUCAAUUUCCAACUGUCAUAUGUGUCGGGAGCCAAUAACCAGCCAUCUCAGGCUAUUUCCUGGCUGACCAGUGGUGUGUUUGGAUUGAGGAGGAUGGUGAAGAGAAAGGAAAUUUUGGGUCAGGAAUCUCAAUUGAUCUUCCUUUUCUUUUUCCCCCCUUAUUUUCUCGAUCUAUCUAAAGUAGUGCCUGCAGCAAUAUUCUAAGGCUACCUUCAACCUUCAUACCGCUGAUGUAACUGAACAGUGUUGAAUAGAAUGGGAAAGCAACAGAUGGUUACGCUCAGGUGUAUUUUAAGAGUUAGCUUCUCUGUUUCAGCUGUUUAAUUGUAUAUUAGUUUGUUUGUGUCCUCCAUAUGUACAUA